AUGGCAAGCGCUGCUGCAUCCGAGCAUGGCGCAUCAGCUCAUACAGCUACUUUAACAAAGGAGUACUGGAGUUAUUACAGAAUACCAUCACUCCCUUGGCCACCAUCAUCUCCAGAUCUGAAUCGUAUUGAGAAUGUCUUGAAUGUUCUCAAAAAUAGACUUAAUCAGAGGAAGCCGAGGCCAGAGGGUGAGGCAGAGGUCAAGGUUGCGGUUCUAGUACAGGAAUGA